GGCAUGUGGAUGCGGGCAAAAGUACGUUAAUGGGACAUUUAUUGUACAAAGUCGGCAAAGUCGAUAAACGUACCAUGCACAAGUACGAGAAAGACUCGGAGAAGAUUGGCAAGUCAUCCUUUGCCUUCGCCUGGGUACUAGACGAAACGGGCGAAGAGAGGGAACGAUUGCGCCACGUACAACGUCUCGUCACGUCUUAUACAUACACACCCCACUUCAUUUGCACCCUCAUACCCAUGCUCGUAUGUGACCUCCUCUCCUACCGUCACGUACAGGCGGAUGUAGCUAUCCUGGUGGUGGAUGCUACAACCAACGAGUUUGAGUCCGGUUUUGAGACUGGAGGACAGACACGCGAGCACGCAUUGCUGAUCCGCUCACUGGGUGUGAGCCAAUUACUCGUGGCUGUCAAUAAACUGGAGAAUGCGGACUGGGCACAGACACGGUUUGAUGAGAUUAAGGGCAAAUUGGCCCCGUUUCUCAAGCAGGUGCGAG